UUAGUGCCACAAAUAACAAGGUAAGGUUCUGAGUUACUUCGUAGUACAAGUUUAGUUAUCGUCUUUGCAAAACUUUAUAAGUCUGAUGGGAUCCACAAUAAACAUUUUAAUCUGCUACCUAGCCGAACCAUAGAGUGAGAUUCUCAGCUUAGAAGGUUCAGUAAGAAACGAUAAAUGUCGUUGUCGCAGUGCACAAUAGCCAGAGUGAAAAGCAUAGAUGGUGAUCCUUCCGAAAUGAUUGACAUCAGCAUCUUUAUGAGUUGGAUUAGCUUUGGAACAAAUCAAGAUGAACUGGAUGCCAGGAGCUCUGCCUACAGAUUGACAGUCUUACUAAAGGCAUUUAUAGUGUUACUGUCCGUUAUUGUCGCCUAUUUUGGAAUGCGUGGUCAUCAACUGUCACUUCAAAGUCUGCGGCUGUUUGAGUUUUAGACUUUGACGUCCGAAUCAUCACCAAGUGCUAGCUUAUUGAUGACACUGUACCGAAACGAAGUGAAUAUAAGACUUCCAUCUUUUGUUGCCGUACACAU